UUCGUCUUAGCUCUCCUCUUCGCUCACAUCAUCAUCCUGUUUUUUACCUUCAGUUUCUCCCUCUUCUCAAAUCCCCCUUCCCAGGCCGGCGUGUCUGUGUUUCCCGAGCGUGUCGACAUUCCUGGAACCUCAGGUUGCCUGAACAGUGUGUUUACAAUCACUGGUAAACAGUUUAUCCAUCCUGACCCCACCCUGUCACAAGACAGCCAUCACUUGACUGCCCUCCCUCCCCACCUCACGUCUCACAUUAGGCAGCUGAGAUAAUACAGUUAGUUCCUCUAUCUUUCUCUCUCUAUCUAUCUCUCAAUCUCUAUCCAUCUCUUUCUAUCUCUCUCUCUAUCUCCUGAUUUCUGUUUCCCUUGUUGUGUAUUUCCUCCCCCACCUGUCAGUAACUCUGUUCCAGUCUCAAGGCACAGACUUGACAUACAGCUCAGGUUAGGGUUAGGGUUACCGUUCAAAUGUGUUGUGUGUGAAACUGUUCCACUCUUUCUUAAUUUCAGUCAAAAAUUAAUUGCGUUUAACUUCCUGUAGAAAAUCACAAUGUCACAUAGCAAACACCCUAACCCAAAAUAUAGUACAAAGCAUAGGCCCUACUGCCUAAAUCUUCCUACUCAGAUAUAUAUUUAGGCAGCACAGGCAUCAGCAUGACCUGGUUAACCCUCAAAUCAAAUUACUGAACCUCGGGGAGGGAAGCAUGUUUUUACAAGUAUUGGCAGUCUGACUAAGACUGCUAGAGAGACAACUGAUGAAAUACGGGUUGGGAGGCUGAGGGGACGACACAAAUUACAUCUUGAUCGUUACUUACUACAGUAACUUACUUGCCGGUUACAGUAGGAGCACAGAGUUUUAGAGAGAAAGACGGAGAAAGAGAGAGAGAAAGAGUGAGAGAAAAGUUUGGGGAAACAUUCCAUGCGACUUGGUGAGAGUGAGAAAAAGAGUGAGGUGAAACAUUGAUAAAUUAAAUUGGAAGUAUACGGUGCUUCCUAUCAGUGGAACAGGGAGCUGGAGAGACUUGGAAAAGACGGACACUUUGAAAUCUUGAAACUAAAGUUCCUCAGUGAUCAACUUGAGAAGAUCUUGAUAAGGAAGAUGUCUCGUCCACAAAUCUUCCUCCUCCUUCUGUGUUGUCUUCCCCUGGCAGCUGCUCUGCGCUGCUACACUUGUGUGUUCCCGGCCAUCUCUCCUCUGGACUGCCUCAAGUUCCCCCAGGAGUGCCCAGCAGGACAGCACUGCCUGGCUAGCACGGCUGUCGGCACCCGAGGGGCGCUGCGUGUGGUGCUGUACGAGAAGAGCUGUGCCAUUCCUGCCCAGUGCGGCCGGAGCGGGGAGAAGGAGACGGCCGGCCUCCACUUCAACUACACCAACGAGUGCUGCGACGUGGACCUGUGCAACGCAGCAGCGAGGCCAGCUGCCCUGGGCUGGACAGGAGCCGGCCUCUGCCUGCUCCCUGCCCUGCAUCUGCUGCUACUGUGAGCAAGCGCAGGAGACUGCUGGGGUUCUGCUGGGCCACACUACAACCUGCUGAGGUUCUACUGGGUUCCACUAGAACCUGCUACGGUUCUGCUGGGCCACACUACAACCUGCUGAGGUUCUACUGGGUUCCACUAGAACCUGCUGGGGUUCUGCUGGGCCACACUACAACCUGCUGAGGUUCUACUGGGUUCCACUAGAACCUGCUACGGUUCUGCUGGGCCACACUACAACCUGCUGAGGUUCUACUGGGUUCCACUAGAACCUGCUGGGGUUCUGCUGGGCCACACUACAACCUGCUAAGGUUCUACUGGGUUCCACUAGAACCUGCUGGGGUUCUGCUGGGCCACACUACAACCUGCUGAGGUUCUACUGGGUUCCACUAGAACCUGCUGGGGUUCUGCUGGGCCACACUACAACCUGCUGAGGUUCUACUGGAUUCCACUAGAACCUGCUGGGGUUCAACUGGGUUCCACUAGAACCUGCUGAGGUUCUACUGGGUUCCACUACAACCUGCUGAGUUUCUACUGGGCCAUACUAGAGCCUGCUGGGGUUGUACUGGGUUCCACCAGACCCUGCUGAGGUUCUGCUGGGUUCCACUAGAACCUGCUGUGGCUUUGUAGGUCCUCACCAGAUGAGGGUGUGCUCGGAACCCGAUGUGAAAGUUACUAACCUGAAUGUAUCUGUCUCCCUGCCUGCUCCAGUGCAGUUCUGCAGGAACACACACACAGAACACACACACACAGAACACACACACACAGAACACACACACACAGAACACACACACACUCACUAGCAAUGCACAGUUUUUACUUUCUUUCUCAAAGACUGUGUGUCGUUAAAAUAUACCGACAUGUUGAUCAUAUGUACCAUAUAUAAUAAUAAUAAUGUCUGAUUUGUAUAGCGCUUCUCCGGAGCUCAAGAACGCUCAAGGACAAUAAAAUUAAAACAUGGACAAACACUAAACGUAAAAAGUACCAAGCAAUCAAACACUAAAAUGAAACAGAGAAAAUACGUAGCAACAGAUUAGGACAAAUAACAUUGAGAAAACAGGUAUGUAUAUAUCAAACACAGUUCAAAGAACCGUUAACACCAUGUCUGUUCAAUGUGUAACAUUCCUUCUCAAUGGUGCUGUAGUUAGUAGUAAUUUGUACUUUCGUUUAUUGAUUGAUUUAUUGUGAGUGAAAAAAGAUUGAGCAGGAGACAAAUUUCCAAUUUAGUUUUUUGUAAUUUAACAUUUUUAUUAAAAGUUUAGGAAACGUCUUUAAGAGUUAAAAACAAGAUACAAAAUAAGAUUUGAUUGUCUUCAUUAUUCACCUAAAAAAGUUGACACAAGGGCUUAAAACCAGAGGGAAUACAUUACAUAGGGAAGCAGCAAAAUACAGGUUAAGAGAGGUGAAAUAACCAAACUGAGAAGGAGAAUUAAACAAAAGAAACAAAACAAAAAGAAAA